AUGCCGUCGCAAGCAGCUCUAUUAAUCGGCGAAAUCACCCAUGCGCGCCCAGAAUGGGAGCAGCUUUCUUCCACACUCACACUCAAGGAAUUCCCCAGCGGAACAAGAGAACAAUUCCUCUCCAACUGCAAAAACGGAGAAUAUGACGACGUCGUGGUCAUAUAUCGCAGCAACUUGUCUACCAAAUACACCGGCCGAUUUGAUAAGGAGUUAGUCUCUGCGCUGCCCAAGUCGGUCAAAUAUAUUGUACACAAUGGAGCGGGUUAUGAUAAUAUUGAUGUUCCCGUUGUGACGGAGGCUGGAAUCGCUGUAUCAAGCACCCCCGUCGCCGUGAACAAUGCUACCGCAGACAUCGGCAUUUUCCUCAUGAUCGGAGCCCUGCGCCAGGCUCAUGUUCCUCUUACAGCUAUCCGGGCCGGUCAAUGGGGCGGCAAGACUGGUUUGGGCCAUGAUCCCAAGGGUAAAGUGCUCGGUAUUCUGGGAAUGGGCGGAAUUGGACAGGAAAUGGCACACCGCGCAAAGGCAUUCGGAAUGACAAUUCAGUACCACAACCGCAGCCGCUUAUCCCCCGAACUUGAAGACGGUGCCAAAUACGUCUCGUUCGAGGAGUUGCUUGCGACCUCCGACGUGUUCAGUUUGAAUCUGGCGUUGAACCCUUCGACGCGCCAUAUAAUCGGCGCCAAGGAAUUGGCACAAAUGAAGGAUGGCGUUGUCAUUGUCAACACAGCGCGUGGAGCGCUGAUUGAUGAGAAGGCGCUUGUUGCUGCGAUUGAGUCUGGAAAGGUCGCAUCCGCCGGUCUCGAUGUCUAUGAAAACGAGCCUCGAGUCGAAGAGGGAUUGUUGAAGAGCGACAAGGUGUUUUUGCUGCCGCAUAUUGGUACGGGGACGUUCGAGACACAAAAGGAGAUGGAGUUGUUGGUGUUGGAGAAUUUGAGGUCGGCGGUGGAGAAGGGGGAGUUGGUUACUCAGAUACCCGAGCAGAAGAAAUAG